AUGGCGGUUCUUCCAGCCAUUUUUGUUUUAAUUUUGGGUGUUAACUCUAUAUCCAGCCACGUCUUAUUAAAUGAUGAAGAACAUGAAAUAGAAUGGCCGACGGAGUACCACUUCACUGGCGAGAAUAUCAAUUUUGUUACCACCCUGAAGACACCCUUUGAGAUAUGGGCCAGCGCAGAUCAGAACCGUGCUCGCGUCGACUACUAUGGAGGCGUCACCAAGAAAUAUUUCAAUGGAGAAGAAAACAGCACAUACAUGGUAUUCCCGAUGCCCAACAGUGAUAUGGAGGUGGAAAUAAAUUGUUGGAUGGUAGGUAGGAAGAUUGAAGACCUGGAGUUGCUGCCUGAUGGAUCCCUUCUCAGUUUUACAGGAGAAACGAUAUCUUUGUUCGACAAGUUGGUGGAUGUGUGGACUGGUACGUACGACGAUGAUGAGCAUCAAAACGUGAUUGUAGAAGAGACGCUCUAUGUAUAUAAGAACAGUAAUGGAGUACAGAUUCCUGUACAACACAUCAUCAAAAAGCUGAAUGAAGUUAAGGGCUCUAUCAUCGCCCACAAAGUCACUAAUUACUACAAUUUUGAGGAUACUAUUCCUGAAGACGUUCUCAAACACGAUGACGACGUUUGCAUGUUUGCAUCGAAUUUCAAAAGAGAUAUCCAGUACCUGAUCCCUGAUGUCCCAGAACAUUUGAACUUUGCAUUUGAGAGCUUCGCCACCCAUCACAGCAAGGAAUACCAUGAGAAAGAGAAGCAGAUGAGGAAAAGUAUUUUUGAACGGAACUGGCGAAUGGUUCAAGAGCACAAUCGAAAGAAUUUAAGCUACAAGAUGGAGAUAAACGAAUUCUCAGACAGAACUCCUCAUGAGCUGAAAUAUUUGACUGGAUUAUUGGUGCAGAACCAACCAUCGAAAGAGGCCAUGCCCUUCCCUCACACACUCGAAGAAAUAGAUGACAUUGUAAACCAGCUGCCAGAGACCUUUGAUCUGAGGUUUGAAGGAGCUGUUACACCCGUUAAAAAUCAAGGCAGAUGCGGCUCGUGUUGGGCGUUCGCGACUGCUGCAGCUCUUGAAGGUGCUUUUGCCAGAGUUAAUGGAGAUAGACUGCUCGAUUUGAGUGAACAGUCAAUAGUGGAUUGUGCUUGGAAUGAAGGUAAUCUGGGUUGUGAUGGUGGUUUCCUAGAAACUGCUUGGCAGUAUAUGCUUAAAAAUGGCAUUCCUACGGAAAAAGAGUAUGGCAUUUACAUGGAGCAUGAUGGUGCCUGCCAUUUAUCAAAUAUGACUACUCUGUACAAGAUCAGGGGCUUCGCAAAUGUCACUCCCCGGAAUCCUAACGCGUUGAAAGUAGCACUGUACAAAUACGGUCCUGUAACUAUUGGUAUGCAAGCUACUGAUGCCAUGAAGUCGUAUGCCAACGGCCUCUUCUAUGACUUGAGUUGCGACCCAGAUCGCCCAAGACCUAAUCACGCUGUGACUAUUGUUGGAUACGGAAAACGCCAUGGUGAGGACUAUUGGAUUAUCAAAAACUCCUGGGGAGAAUCAUGGGGCGAAGAUGGCUACAUUCUCAUUUUGGCCAAAAACAACAACUGCUUCGUUCUGGACUAUCCUUGCUAUCCUAUAGUUUAA